UUCACAUUUAUAUCCUGUGAAGGAUAUACUAUUAUUGUACAAUGUAUAUAUAUGAUGAACAUAAGUAAUUGUCCGACAUCUUAUGUGUACAUCACAUAAAAUGAUUUUAUGUAAAGUUGUUGUAUUAUCAGCUAGGAUAGGAGUACUUGAAAAUCUUCAUGUUGGAAGAACAGUUGUCUAAUGAAGAAACAAAAGAUGUACCAAAGGAAAAGAUUAUAAAUAUGAGUAACUCAGGUGAACAUCAAGAGUUACAAAAUGCCAGCGACAUGUCUGGGGAGUCCUAUACUAGUGCUAUUAGAGUAGAUAUUGCAGAUUUGGAUGGGGAAGACAGUUUAAAUCUCACUACUACAACACUACGACGCUGUAAGCAACAAAUUCUGAGACCUUAUUGGAGACUUCUUCUGUUAAUAGGAUGGCGAGGUUUUGGUCGUGAGUCUAUUAACUCAGGCAGCAAAGUGUACUCGUUCUUGAACACUGUUUAUCCAGUAUUUAUUGUACUAUUGUUGUGGUAUGUUUAUAUCUAUGAGAUUGUUGCCUGUCAGUGGAAACUUAAUGUAAAGAAAGAUACCAAAAGUAUAUUACAGACAUCAACAGCAGCAAUAACAACUAUAUCUGUAAAUUCCACACAUGAGUAUCAACCAUUAGCUACAUACAGUCCUUCAGACCUGAUACUACAGAAUCUCAGCCAUUCCAAGCGAAGCCUGCCACCAGAGGCAUGUGAACAUGUCAUCACAACAUAUGUUAUACCAAAUAUUUUACAUUUCGUUGCCUUUGUCAUGGGCUUUGUACAUUACAGGAUACACGAAAAUGAACAGUUAUAUGCCAUUAUGGAGAAGGUAUUUUUACAGGCCACACCCUUAUCAAACAGAGCAUCAUCUCAACAUAGAAUGAUAAAAAAACUAAGAUUAUUCCAAGUUUUAGGAGCAUUAUGGGUUUUGAGCACACUUAUUUUACAAGGAAUGUAUGAAUGGGCAUUCGAUUUUCCUAAGUUGAUUUUUUUUCAAGCCACAGGUAAAACAGUACACUGGGUGUUAUUUAGUAUAGAACUGUUAGGAACAAUGGUGUUGAAUUCUGUGUCAUUGGCUGUGGUAGCUAAUUAUGUCACACAAUGUGAGAUGAUGUUAUUCUAUAUACGUGGACUGGCACUUAGGUUGCAAGAAAAGUCUUCAGAUCUUAGGAAUGCCAUGAAGGAUGUAUUAUCAGUACGACAGAACCUGAGUGUGUUGAAUGGUCCUAUGGCUAGAAUGACAUCAUUGAUUUGUGUUAUAUUUUGUGAACUAACUAUUAUAGGUAUAAGUAUUUUAGUGCUGAAUAAGAAUGACCUACCAAAGAUCUGGCUGUAUAGGACUUUUUUUCCAGUGGUAUUUUUUGUCAUGUUGUGUUUUCCUUUGUUUCAGGCAGCCAGAGUGAAUUCUGUAUGUUGUAGGAUUAUAAAGAUUGCAUUAGAAAUGAGAGUAUUUGGUUACAAAGGAAGUUCACAGCUGGAUCUUGAUUCUUUUAUGAAUUUUGUAUCAAAUACUAAAUUAAGGGCCAAGUUAUUCCACAUUCCAAUUAUGCCAGCCUACUUGAUAACCAUCAUUGUUCUGUCCUGUUUGGUGCUACUGAUUCUGUUCCAGACCAGCAUUAUUGGCCCUAUCAACUAUUGGUUCUAAACAAGGAAAGAUAACUGUUUUUAUCAAGAUGGAGAAAUUUGAAAUAAGACAGAAAUGCUUCAACCUGGAGAUUACUGUGGUGUUCUAGUACCACAACACAAAGAGAAUAGAGAGAAAAAUCAUGUUACAAGUAGACAAAAUUGACAGGAGAAAACUACAUAUGAAAAUUACUAUGAAUAACAAUACACACUAUUCAAUUAUCAAUUUCUUUUUAUGUCAAGAUUGAGAUGGUAGAUAAAGUAAAUAAAUAUAUAAACAAGACAUUAACGGACUUCCUCAAAGGAAUUAAUUUUGUACUUUGAUGUGUGUUGUUAUAGCAUUUUGUUAAACAUACAUGCAUGAUAUCAACAUGCUGUUUUAUUGGCAUUAAAUAAGCCAAUCAAAAUAAUUUACACAAAUUGCAGUCAUUCAUCUAAUCAGGACUAUUAACACUGUCAUACCAAGCUUGCACAAAUCCAUAUCAAGUGAUUAUUUUCAUUUAUCAUAUUCAUCUUUAAAAUAUUAGUUUGUAAAUGUGAUAUUAUAUCAUUCUUCCAACAUGAUACUGGAUGGUAAAGGCUUAUUUACAAUGUGUUUGCCAUUUUAAUUCACAUUUUUUUCUUUCUUGAAGCUCGCUAUUCACUGCGUUUUGAGUAAAUUGGUUAAAAAGAUAUGUGCAAGCUAUUUUUUUAUUUUUCAUUCACCCAGAAAUGGCUAUUUUACUUCCAGUUUUUGUGUGUGAAUACCCACCUAUUGGACCCUUAUCCAUUCAGUCAUGCAGUUAGGGUUUUUUGCUUGUGAGAGAGCUGUCAUAUUCCAUUAUAUUAAUGUUCUAUUUCUUUUUUUCUGUGUUAUUUGGUCCCUUGUGGAGAGAUGUCUCAUUGGCAAUCAUACCACAUCUUCUUUUUUAUAUUUACCUACAGUAAGGAAUAUAAUUAAAUAUAAAUAUGUAGUAGCUUUUUGAAAGUCUAGAAGUAGUAAUUCUUUUUCAAAAGAACAUAAACAGGCAUGAAUUUUUAACCUCUCAUAUUAUAAAACCAGGUCAAUUUCAGGAAAAAAACCUCAAAAUUAAUUAAGAUCUCUUUUCCUCCCAAAAAUCGCUUAAUUUAUUAUUCCACCUAACAAAUGUUGAAAACAAAGCUGAUCAUGAACAGACAAUGUUUGAUCACUAAAGAUUGUCUGGCUGUAUACAUACUAACUGCUCAACUCUAAUUAGUGCAAGUGAAAAACCAUAGUGAAUGAGCUCAUAUAUGUGUAUGGUAAAAUUAAAUUGGCUUUGUAGAAUGUUGAUAAAUUUAACUCUUUUUUUCAUUUCACUUUCAUCUCAGGACAAAGCGUAUUUAAUUAUGACAAGUAAGGAUAUUGUAAAUUCUCAUUAAACUGUUAGCACAAUAAAAAAUGUGAUUUCAUUUUCUGUGGAUGUUUUUUUUCCUCAUUAUAUAUGAGUAAUUAUAUUACUGUAUUUAAAUAGGGAAACUGUAAUGUUUUUCUACUUUUUGUUUAUCUAAAAUUGUAACUGAGAAAAGGCUAAUUGCUUUAAAUCUAUGAACUGUGAUAGUAUUAAGUAAUUCAUAGUAUUUAUUGAUAUGUUUAGAGGCAUGAAUGAAUUGUAAUGGUACAGUAUGCUCAUCUUUCUAUACAAAUUGGCUUGUGGCAAAGGCUGCAAACGGGUUCUAAAUUAUGAGAUACUCAUUCUUAUAAAUAUAUUAUGGCCAGUUUUAUAUAGAUUCUACCACUGUAUCGAUUGUGAUACGAUAUUUAUCUGCUCGAGACAGUUAAAUUUUCAAAUAUUUAAAAUUUAACUGUCGAGAGUGGAUAUAUAUCGUAUUGCACAAGAUUUGGUGGUUGAAUCUGUUUCUCUAAUGAUUUUUUAAGGAUAUGCAGACAGACUCAAUUCUUCUUUUCGAAUGAUCUGCAAAAAGAUGUGUUCUUUCUAUGUGAUGUCAUCAGGCAUGGUCGCCUUUUUUCAUGACGUCACAAUAGAAAAUUCAGAGUAAGGCAAAAAAAUUUGACGUCAUAAUUGAAUUUUGAUCAAUGAAUAACUGAGAUCAAACGAACCACACGUUGAUUAAAUAAAAAUAAUAAACGGGUCAGGAAAAGGAUAAAUCUGGUAAGAAUUAAAGAAAACAUUAUAUAAGGAAGCAAAGAAAGAGGUGUGUAAGAGUCAACAAAAUCAUAGUACUAUUAAAUAAACACCAUUCAUAUAUCUGUGAAAGGUUUAUAAAAUGUGAUUAUUUUUUUUCAAAGUUCUUACUUUCCGAGCCUAAAAGGCAUGUUAAUCUUAAAUGAUAGGAGUUUAUAUUGAUAUUACCAGUCAUUGAGAAAGAUAUCCAAAGUGUAAAUGUAUUUAAAUGUUGAGUGCUUUAUUUAUAAGUCUUUAUACCAAAUUUACAUGUUACUUCAAAGUGCAAUAAUCAGUUCUACAGUUAUAUGACAAUAAAUUUUUA